AUGCUGUCAUAUUAUUUUACGAUUAUAGGUACCAGGGACAACCCUUUAUACGAGCUUGAAUUUUCUCUGUUUAAACUGAAUUCCCUAGCUGCAGUUUAUGGUAAUAAUGUCAUUCCUGGACAAUCUCAAUUCAGUGCUAAUGUCAAGGAAAUUCUACCAUUCAUAUCACAUUCAUCCUUGGAUAUUGUAGAGGAUGCUACCUGGUCAUCGAAUCAGUUUAGUCUUGGAAGGAUAGACUCGUUUUACGGGCUCUCGGUGAAUGCCUUUGUGACACAGGGGAAUAUAAAGUUUAUCUUGUGCUAUGAUAGUCCUGGCACUAAUUCAAAUGGAGUUGCUGGUGUUGGAUCAACUACUUCAAGUUCCAAAAAUGAUGAUAAUGCAAUUAAACAAUUUUUCACUGAAGUUAAUGAAUUAUACGUUAAAUGUCUAUUAAAUCCACUCUAUUCAGUCAAUGAUGCCAUAAAAUCUCCUGACUUUGAUCUUAAGAUAAAAUUACUGGCAAGAAAAUAUCUUUAA